AUGCACGCAACAGCCAAGGCAGAGCGACGUCCGCGCGAUGUUGAGAAGGCACACGACGAAGUCGUACACAUGGAGACUUUAGCUUCUCCUACCACGCCGAGCGAUGCUGAAAAGACGCCUGGGAACAGCACAGGCGCUCCUGUCACCAAAGGACCUAUCGUGUAUGAGAAGUUCAAUGGCAAGCUUUUCAUGACUCUGGUAUGCAUGUCGUUCCUAUGGAUCGGUUCGCAGAUUCCCCUCUACCUCUUCGGCUCGGUCCUGCCUUUGAUCUACCAGGACAUUGGCGGCGUCGACCGAUGGGUGUGGUUCGUCAUUGGAUAUCUCAUCCCAAACGCAGCGCUUUGCCCGUUUGUCGGUGCGCUCUCCGAUCUCUAUGGACGCCAAAAUGUUGCCAUUGGCGGGCAGGCAUGUCUAAUUCUCGGUCCUAUCAUCACGGCAACGGCUAAGACCAUGAACAUCGCUAUUGCUGGUAGCAUGUUCUCGGGUAUCGGGGCUGGGCUGAACGAGCUCAUCGCCUUGGCAGGCACCGCCGAAGUCGUUCCAGUAAAGGAUCGUGGGAAGUACGUCGGCCUCGUUGUGCUCACCAUUCUCCCGUUUUGCCCAUCAGUAUUGUACGCCCAGAUGAUUGCGGAGUCGAGCAACUGGCGCUACAACGGCAUAUUCGUAGGCGUGUGGAACUUCAUUGGACUGCUGUUGUGCGUUUUCUGCUAUCAUGAUCCACCACGCCUCACCGCCGAAUAUACUGCGAGGGAUGUCCUGCGUCAGGUUGAUUAUAUCGGUGGUAUACUCAGCACAGCAGGUAUUACGCUCUUCAUGAUGGGGUUGCAGUGGGGUGCUACCCAAUAUCCCUGGGGUAGUGCACACAACGUCGCGCCCUUGGUACUCGGUCUCAUCUUGAUCAUCGCCUUCUUCGUCUGGGAAUUUCGCGCACCGUACCCAAUGGUCCCACGAGCCCUAUUCAAGAAAGCAAAGCGAACAAUGACCGUCAUCUUGCUCAUCACCUGGCUCAGCGGCGGCAGCUACUUCGUCCUCUUACUGUUCUGGCCCACAGAAGUAUACAACGUCUACGGUGAUGAUCCCCUCGGCAUCGGCAUCCGCUCCCUCCCCAUCGGCUUCGGCAUAAUCGGAGGCGCCGCAAUCUGCCUCCUCCUCAUCCCCGUCACACGAGGCCGCGUGCGGCCCUUGCUGAUCAUCUUCACCGGCCUGAUGACCGCCGGCACUGGCGCGCUCUCUAUCGCCUCCCCACACAACCUGCAAACCGUCUACGCCGUUCUGACGCUCGCCUCGCUCGGCGUUGGCGGCGUCAUCAUCCCCUCCUCCAUCAUCGCGCAGAUCGCAUGCCCCAGCGAGCUCAUCGCCACCAUCACCGCCAUCACCCUCAGCAUCCGGUACAUCGGUGGCGCGAUAGCUUUCGCCGUGUACUCCAAUCUCUUCUUCCACAAGUUCACGGAGUAUGCGACAGAGAUUGUCGCCACCAAUACCAUCAUUGCAAAUGGCAUGGUGAACUACACCACGCCCGCCGGCCAGCUCCUCAUCGCGGAGAUGGUGGAACUGGUGGGAAAUGCGCGACUGAGGGAGCUGAAGGAGGUUAUUGAGAGCAAUCCACUGGUGCUGGAUAGGGACAGCUACGGUCCUAUUAUUGCGAGUGCACAAGAGGCAUUUGCGCUGGCGUAUAGGUGGCCGUAUUGGGUUUCGCUGGCGUUUGGGAUUACCUGUUUCUUCAUGAGUUUCUUCGUGCAGGAUAUUGGGGAUUUGAUGGCGGUGCAGGCGUAGGAGCUCCAUGUGGCCUGGGAGGGGGUACGUUGAUGUGCUACCCGUAUGCAUGCAUGUGCUGAUGAAGGAUGGAUUGCUAAAUUGAUCAUGGCGUU